AUGUCGCACGUCGUCGCGCUUGCAGACUGGCCCUCGUCGGAGCCAAUCCUGCGGCUACCACACCCGUACCAGACUCCAUACUAUGCAGUCGCUGCUCCCUCGUCGUCAUCGAGCACACCGUCGACGACAACCAAGACACCCCCUGAGCCCCUGCACAACGACAGCCUCUACUUCAGCGAGCCGACAGGCCUCAAGUCCAGUGAGCGCCCUGCCGAGUCCAACAACACAGCAUGGGCGCGCGCCCGUCGAUCACCAGCCGUCAGGGUCGAGUGGACCGCUGACCAAGCCCCUUCGCUUGCGCAGGCAUGGCUCGUCGUCUACGCGCUCUUCACCAUCCGGCACGAGGACGAGUUCAUCCGCCUCUCCCUCUCCGGCACGGGUAAGGAGACGCUGUCAAGCCAGCUGCGGGCCUGCAUGCUCGCCGUCCUCCACCCAUCCUUCUCCAAAGAAGAAGAAGAAGAAGAAGAGCUCGUCCUCCUGCGCGCCUCCUUCUGGCAGGGCGCCGGCUCACCCUUUGGCGCACGCUCCGUCUGGGUGCCGACGGACGGACCCGGCACGACCUAUGCUUCCCAGGGCGUGCCCGCGCUCGACUACAUGCUAACCAACAACCCAGGCGUGUCGCUGGUCUGGCACCCACGGCGCGCGCCCAAGCCUCGGCCCGGGAGCACCCUGUACAGCCGCUGGAUCCCGCACCUCAAGGAGAACUUCAGCAUGGUGGCGCUGGACCACACGGACGAGGCGCACGUGGGGCUGUUCCACACAUGGCUCAACGACCCGCGCGUGAGCCAAGGCUGGGACCAGGCGGGCACGCUGGAGGGGCACCGCGAGUACCUGCGGCGGAUCCACGACGACCCGCACCAGUUUGCGGUGCUGGCGGCCUUUGACGGCGUCUUCUUUGCCUACUUUGAGAUCUACUGGGCACGCGAGGACAAGCUGGGCGCCUACUACCGGGGCGAGGACUUUGACCGCGGCCGCCACUCGCUGGUGGGCGAUGUCCGGUACCGCGGCGCCCACCGCGUCGGCGCCUGGUGGAGCAGCCUGAUCCACUACCUGUUCCUGGACGACCCGCGCACCAUGCAGGUCGUCGGCGAGCCCAAGUUCACCAACACCACCGUGCUGGCCUACGACCUCGUGCACGGCUUCGGCGUCGACAAGUUUGUGGACCUGCCCAGCAAGAGGAGCACCCUGAUGAGGUGCUCCAGGGAGAGGUUCUUUCAGAUCUGUCCGCUGGCAGAGGACGAGAGGGGGCGCAAGAGGGUUGUGGCUGGCACACAGGUUGGCUUGGUGCCGAAGCUGUAG